AUGAUUGCACAUUCAGUCAUAUUCCUGUAUUUCUCAUUAUGGACCCGAUUAGAUCUUACUCCUGCUCUGGCUAUGCUUCGUCGCAGAUCCGGUCAUGUUUCGCUGUACAUCCGGACGAAUGUAGCAAUGAAAUUAUUGGGAUUGCAUUGUAAGAUACCGCUGUGUUAUAAGCCAGUGCAGUGUCUGACAUAUCGUUUCGCAUCCGAAGACAAUAAAAAAUUUGAAAAGGGAUUGCUUCCAUCUGAACAGCGUUUUCAUGAGGUGGCAAUCGAAUUGCGCACCAAACAGACUUUUCUAAAUGUUAUUGAUAAUUUUUGUAAAAAUCGAGCACAUGCUCGAGGACACGUAGAAUUUAUAAAUUCGGCACUGAAAUAUAUGAAGGAAUACGAGCUACAGAAGGAUCUGGAUAUUUAUAAAUCGUUGCUUAAUAUAUUUCCGAAAGGACCCAUGAUACCUAAGAAUGUUUUUCAGCGAAGGUUUCUGUAUUAUCCCCAGCAGCAGAUAUGUUGUACCAAACUUCUGGAUGAAAUGGAAUGGUUUGGAGUGCAGCCUGACAAAGAAGUUCAUGAUUUAGUCGUUAACGCUUUUGGUGAGUGGAAUUAUGCCACGAAGAAAGUGAAGCGCAUGUUAUAUUGGAUGCCAAAGUUGAAACACUCGAAUACUUAUUUGGAUCGUCGAAAAAUUGAGGGCAAAAAGUUAGGUGCUGUAGAUCUUGGUUAUUUAGCAUUAAAAAUGAUGUCACGCGACCCAGGUACACAAAUAGCAUUUGUUGGGAUUAACGACACGGAAUUAAAUGAAUCAGAUAGGUGGCUGUUAUCUGCUCAAAGUCAUCUUCAAAAGAAAUUGCUGCGAAGUUUGGAAAAAAAUGCUACGUUAUAUGUGGAUGGACCUAAUAAAGUGUAUUUAAUGGAUAAAUGUAUUGAGUACGUUGUUCUCUCUAGUGAUCCGAAAUCUCAUUACUAUGAAAAGUACGAGGAGGAUGAUCUGGACGAAGAUUUUGAAAACUGGAAAAGCGAAUGGGAUGGGGGUUAUGAAAAACGUCCAAAAUGCAGCAUCCACGAACAAGAGCAUGAAACAGUUCUGGCCCUCUCAGUUUUUGGCAAAGUUUGUCAGGAUAUUGCAGUUGGUUGGAUCACUCAUUUACAGGAAAAGAAUCCAUCCUUACAUAGUGUCCGAGUUUUAUUCCGAACAAAACAAGCCAGUGAGACAUUGAUAACACAAUUAUCUUGA